CCUAGUGGGACCUCUGUUGGUGAGAGUGACAGGGGAGGUAAUUUGUUUGUACAAUUUGUUCCAGGAUGUAAGUACACCCAAGGGGACUGGACUGACUGUGACAUGACAACUGACACCAUGAGUAAGACGAUGACCCUGAUCUCUGGGGACAGCGUGUGUGAACAGACCAUAAUAGUCAGAGCCAAAUGUCGGAAGCCAUGUAAAUAUGCCCGUGGUCAGUGGGGAGAGUGUGACUCCAGUACAAAACUCAAGGAGAGAGUUGACACCCUCAAAACGUCAGUUAGCAAGGAUUUCUGUGAGAGUACCAGAAAAAUACACAAAAAGUGUGGCAAGAAAGCCAAGAAGAGCAAGAAAGGUUGUGUUUACCAGUCAGGACCCUGGGGAGAAUGUAAUGUGUUGAGUGGACAGAGGACAAAGACUAAGACAUUGGUGUCAGGUGACACAAGGAAAUGUGUACUGGAGAAAACAGUGUCAAGGUCAUGUGCUGGACCUAAAGGUCGAGAGAGAUGUUUCUUUGGGCCAUGGCAAGACUGGGAGGAGUGUCGCAAUGGUGUUCAGCGGAAACAGCGGGAAGUUCUACAAGGGGAAGAUAACUGUCAACGCAAAAGUGUCAAAACAAGAUCAUGUACUGAGAAAUCCUGAUCAAACAGACACACAGAUUUUAUUUUACAACAGCUGUGAUGUUAACUGAUAGUUUUAUCAUAAAUAUCCAGGAUUUCCAUCCAAAUGGAUAUCAACUGCCUGGCUGAGUGGACCUUUCGGGAAUUGGUACUAUACAUUGUACUCUAUACCAGAAAUUUUAUUAAUGAUAAAUUUCAUGAAACAGUGAAAGAGAAAACUUGGUGCUUAUUUUUGUAACAAGAACAUUUAACAGUUCCACAGUUUUUUCAGUUUCCUAAAUUAUAAAAAAAAAUGUCAAAUUCUGAAAGGUUCAAGAUUAGCACGAGAUGGAAGUCUAUUCAAGUAUAAUGUUCACCUGACAGUUUAUGAUUUAUAAUUAUACAUCGAAGAAUAUUAAUUCAAUUCUCCCAAGUGACUCUUCAAAUACAAGGCCACUUGUGACACCAUACCUAGGCUUCAGUGUUUUAAAACAUCCAUAAGACUUCAUCUCUCGAACUGUAUGGUCCCUAGAGAAUGUCUAAAAUGAUAUAAUAGUAUUGUGUACUUGUGGUGAUUGUUAGUGAUUAGUAAAGUGAUGCACAUUGGUGUACAUACAGCAGGCAUGAAGUGAAUAGUUUAUCUUUUUCAUGUCUCACUUUGAAAUUAUAAGUAAUUGAGAAAGAAAUUUCAAAUUUUUCAAUCAUUAUUUUCAAACCUGUAUUUUGGAAUUUCCCUUGAAAAAAUGUCCUGUAAAAAUGUAUAGUAUACUAGUAUAUGUCUGAAGCACUUCAUCACAAUCUCUGUAGAAACUUCAUUAUGGCCUGACAGGUUUUAUAGUGAUUUAACAAAAACAAAACAUCAAUUCAUAAGAUUUCUUUUCUAUUACAUGGUAAUAAAAAAACAAAAAGUAGUACUGAUCAAAACAUACAAGGAUAUUUUUUUCUGUUUCUAUAAAAUAUCAUAAAGAAGUAUAGAUCUACAAACAACUUAAGGAUUCUCAACAAAGUGGUCAUCCCAGAUUUAUAAAACAGGACUUUGUUGUAACUUAUGUUAGAGAGAUUCCUGUAAUACUUGGGAUUUGUAGAAUACAUAAUGCUUGUCUUGUAAGUUACUUUAUUUACUACAGUUGUAUAUGGCUAUACAUUAUCAUGUCCAACUCAUUUUCAUUAUUUUAAUUCAUUAUCAUGUUUAAUGUUAUAUUGUUAUAAAACAAUAUAUCAGAGGUCUUCAAAUGACAAAUUGAGUGAUAUUUGAGGAAUAAUUUUUAGUAUUUAAGUACAUAGUUAUAAAACUCUCUGGAGGAGGUUAUUCAUGUAAUUUAACUGAAUUCCUUGAUAACCUGAAGCCAGAGAAAUACUAAUGGCAUCCCAACUUUCUUCAAAUUUCUUGAUUAAACACAAUUAGUCAUUUACAGUGUACAUAUAUAUAUAUGUAAGUGUUAUUAUGUACCAUAUACUUGUAAUUCUUUUUCUGUUGUCUAUUUUGUGCAUAUAUAUAUAUUAACCAGAUAUAGAUUGUUCUAGUGUCAAACAGAUGUAGGAGUAAACCCUUCACCCCUCGGAGUGAGUCAACCCUCUGGGGAAUAUUCUUAAGCUGCAAAACACAAGGCUUGCAGGCAACUUAAAAAUCGUCCCCAGUGAGCACAGAUCCCCCUGCCAUCUUUAACUGGGUGACUCUAUCGCUGACCCUAUACUGACUUGACAUAAUGGCUGUGUGGGUGUUGUAUUGUCUGUCAAAGCUGGAUGUUAGAUUUUAUCUCAUAAUUCCUGUUUUAUCAAAUAAAAAACAACAACAUUACUUUAAUUAUCCUUUAAUUAAUUGUUGAGCUGUCCUUAUAAAUAUUGUGUUGUGUAGACAUUUCUAUAACCACUUAAUGAGGCAUUUUCUUUUUCAUGUCAAAAUGUAUAAAAUUACUGCCUUAAAAUGUACAAUUUAAUACGUUUAUGCAAAUUUUUUCUUAGUAAUUUAUAAAGAUAAUGAUUUUUUUUUCAUUUACAUUGAUACACUGCCCCUAGGUAUUCUGACAAACUGUCUAAUACAGCCUAAUUCUGUUCUCUGAUAUCAUAUGUUACCACAGUAAGUUAAUCCGUCAUCCUGUCUAAUCUGAACAGCAUGAAUCAUAGAGGUUGUCAGAUUAGAGAGAUAUUACUGUAUCUAAUGACUCCAUUGUUUAAAUUGUAUUGUUUUAAUUAAGGUUUGUUAUUUUUGGUCAUUAUGUAGAGAGACAAAAAUUAAAGAGUUGGUUGACAUUUGACAGAUUGUACAAAUAGGUGAUAAGGUGUCCUGAUUUUAAAUGUAAAUUAUCUACAAUAUUUCACACAAAAACAUUGUCUGUUUGAAUUAAUGUAAAUAUAUAAUUAUAAAUAAAACUUAUGGAAAUUAGCAGACAAUUAUAAUCAGUAUAAUAAAAUGGAAAACAAUUGUUAAUAUAUCCUUAAUAUGACAGUAAAAACAAAACAAUGUCAGGUAUCUUUUUAAUUCAUGUAUUCACGUUGAGAGUUGUUUCCCUGACAUACGUUUAUCACACGAAUAUCGAAUAUCGUAGACCCCAUGACAUCAAGUCAAAAAGGAAAUAAUAUGACCAAAUUUCAUGAAACAUGUAUAAUUUAGACAAUGACACAAUGCUUUAAUGAUGAGGUUGUGUGAUGGACCUAUUGUACAGACAUUCCAUUUAACCAACUUGAAAUUAAAAACCAUUUACCAAGUAUUACAUGUACAUGAUUUACAUAAUGCAAAUAAUUGUUUGUAUAUAACAGCAAAUAAUUGAACAACUGUAAUAUUUAUCUUAUAAAAAUUAUCACUAUACCUCAAAACUUACAACCUUUCAUUACUUUUCAAAUGUACCAAUACUUUUCAUUUAAAGAAAAAAUCUUUAACAAGAUAAAACAUCUUAUUUUAUAUAAAUAUGUGUACUAGGACCUCACCUUUUCUCUAGGUUAUCUCCCCUUACCUGUUGGUUUAAAAUGUUUUUGCUUAUACAAUGGGUCCGUAUUUGUAUAUCAAUGGUAUAUUUUAUGAAUUCAAAUGUGUUUGAAAAUGUUUAACGAUAAUAAAAAAUAUAAAUAUUGAA